GCAAAAGACAACAGCGUUGAAAAAUAUUUCAUCAACUGAUAAAAUACAGUACUGUAAUCGGCGGCAGAGAUGGCUGCCGCUUGUCUUUUCACGCCCAACCCAAUUCAUAUGCCUUCUUCCAGGAAUGGAUUCGUAAACUUGGCCUCCUCUCCAUCUGCAAAGUGUCGACGUCUGCUUUUUCCAAAUCGACUCCGUUUCAAUCGCAGAAUCUAUUGUAACCAAGACGAUAACAACCGCACCGGGAAUCAACCUCAGUCCUCGUCCUCCUCAAUUCAGCUUUAUGGGGAAAUUGAGAGACUUCUCACUGAGACUGUAAGGCAAUCUCAAGGUGCUUGGGGUGGCUCAAGUGACUGGAGUGAAAUUGAGAAGGAGGAAUUUAUUGUCAAGAAAACUGUCAAUUACUUGAAAAUUCGCUUGUCUCUUGAAAGAGAUUACCCUUCCAUCUCUUACAUUAUAGGAAACAUUGAUUUACUGAUAUCCCAAGUCCAUCUCACAUAUAUCCUUAAUCCCCCCCAUGAUCCAGAAAAAUAUGAGACCAACGAGAAAGGAGAUAAUCUAGCUUUUGUUGAACACUCCAAAAGUUCUAAACAAUAAAAUUUUACCAACUAAUGUGUACAUGAUAUCAGGCCUUUCAAGUUUUUUCAUUUCUUUUUCUUUUUCUCAUGUUCAGCUUGCAUUUGGAAACAUAAUACUAUAAUCUCUAUCAGCUUAGGCUUCUUUAUUUCUUUCCCUCAUGCCAUGGUAUCAACAAAACAUAGACUUUUUCCACUUAAUAUUAUGUUUUGGGGUUAAAUCCCCUGACUUUUAUUUCACUUGUCUUUUCUGUAAACUUGCAUAAGCAGCAAUAUUAAUCUGUCCUUUUCAUGGGAAAAUGAAAAGAUUUGAAUUGAUCUACCUUAUUGCCUUAAUGAGAUUCAUACUAUCCAGGGUGCAUGGGUUCUUAAACCAAAAAGUGCAAAACUGAAGUCAGUUGUUCAUUUUGUUGGUGGCAUAUUUGUUGGAGCUGCCCCUCAGCUUACAUACCGUUUGUUUCUUGAACGGCUCUCAGAAAGGGGUAUUUUGGUGAUUGCAACGCCAUAUGCUAGUGGAUUUGAUUAUUUCUUCAUUGCAGAUGAAGUGCAAUUUAAAUUUGACAGAUGUUUACGGUUUUUGCAAGAAACAGUGCAAGAUAUUCCUACUUUUGGCAUUGGCCAUUCUUUGGGAUCGGUCAUUCAUCUUUUAAUUGGGUCAAGAUAUGCUGUGCAAAGAAGUGGGAAUAUACUAAUGGCGUUCAACAACAAGGAAGCAAGCUUAGCUAUCCCUUUGUUCUCACCUGUUCUUGUCCCAAUGGCCCAAAGCAUUGGACCAUUGCUAUCACAGAUUGCAUCAUCGCCAACUAUCCGACGUGGGGCAGAGAUGACAAUGAAGCAAAUAGAGAACCUUAGUCCUCCCAUUAUGAAGCAAGUUCUUCCUUUAGUUGAGCAACUUCCCCCCUUGUACAUGGACUUAGUAAAGGGACGAGAAGAUUUUAUUCCAAAACCAGAAGAAACUCAACGACUUGUAUGUCAAAUCUCUAACUUUCAAACACCUCAAUUAUUAAAUUCUCUCCACACACGCCCCAUCAUUUGUGAUUUACUAGAAGUAUUUCACUUUUGAAGUUAGAUUUUACCUGACCGCCAAAAUUUGACUAUAAACGGGUAGUUACAUAAAUGGUUAAAUCUCCUUUCAAAUGGAAGAGCUUAGUUGCUUGGAUUGCUAGCCUUAACGUUGGCUGAUCAAUACCAAUUAAUAUGGUGUAUCAUG